AUGUCCCAGAACUCUGACAAGUAUUUCAGGUUCAUCGGGCACGUGUCAUUCCAGGGCUCAUUGUCAUUCCGAGACGUGGCUGUGGGGUUCACCCGUAAGGAAUGGCAGCAUCUGGACCCCGCUCAGAGGACGCUGUACCGGGAUGUGAUGCUCGAGAAUUACAGCCACCUGGUCUCAGUAGGUUGGAGCGAGGCCAAGAACCGUGGAUGGAGGAGGAAGAACUCGUCAGAUGGAGCUUUCCAGCCCUACAAGUGCUCCGAGUGCGACAAGACCUUCUCGCACAAGUCCCGCCUCGUCGAGCACCACCGCUCGCACACGGGCGAGAAGCCGUACGGCUGCGGCCAGUGCGGCAAGGCCUUCUCCCGCAAGUCGUGCCUCCUCAUCCACCACCGCAUCCACACCGGCGAGAAGCCGUUCGGCUGCGGCGAGUGCGGCAAGGCCUUCUUCCAGAAGUCGCACCUCAUCCUGCACCGGCGGACCCACACGGGCGAGAGGCCCUACGAGUGCGGCGAGUGCGGGAAGGCCUUCUCGCAGAACUCCUGCCUCAUCAUCCACAGGAGGACCCACAUGGGCAAGAAGCCGUACGAGUGCUCCGAGUGCGGCAAGACCUUCUCCCAGAAGGCCAACCUCAUCCGCCACCACAGGAUCCACACCCGGGAGAAACUGCACGGCUGA